AGUUUUAGGUUAAUUUUUCAUAGACAAUUAUGUGAAUCCGUAUCAAAACAACUAAUAAAACAAACGUACGUACUAAAUAACAAGUAGAUAAAAGGAAAAUGCAACCUAAUAUACUGCAUAAUGAGACAGAUCUUCCACCAGAACUUUCUGUUAAGCCAUUAGUGUUAGUCGGAAUAUCUGGUUUAGAUAUAGUAAAUAAUGCUGUACACAAAUCCAUUUGGGAAACUUUCAGCGGUAGCCGGAGAAUAGAAAGAGCCCCAGUUUUAUUUAAAUUAGUAGAUAAUGCUCACGAAUUUCCUGUAAUGAAGCCAAGAAGGACUUCUUAUGAUUGGUAUAUACCAAAAGGUAUAUUAAAAAAGAAUUGGAUGAAGAAGCACCUCUAUGAAGUGCCAGCAGUUAUUGUGAUAUUUUAUGAUUUAGAUUGGCAUGAUCCUCAAUGGAAUGAAAAAAUGAUCGAAUGCGCUUCUAGAGUUCAGUCUAUGAGAGCAGCCUUAGAAGGUCGUAAUACUAGAUUAACAAUUGUACUUAUACAAAAUUGUACGCCAUUACCCCCGGGAGAAGAUGCUUUAGCAGCUGAACGUGCAGCUGCUUUGUGCUCUAGCUGUGAAUUAAAUUCACAAUCACUAUUUGUAUUACCCCACGGAGACCAUUUACAAGGUUAUGCUAUUAGACUUGAAAACGCAUUUUUUGAAUUUGCACAAACUUAUUACCACAACGAGGCUAAAAAAGUUAAAUCGCAUAAAGAGCAUUUAAAUAAAAACUCUCAUCAAUAUCUUUUUAUUAGGCAUCAUUUUAAGAUGGGAUUUUUGAAUGAAUUAAAACAGGAUUUGCAUACUGCUCACAAACAUUAUACCCAUGCUUAUAAUAGUUUAUUAGAGAUACGGAUAGUAGAUACAAAUGCUCUGGAAAUUCGAACCAUAGCAGGUUUCGUAAAUUACAAACUUUGUCGCUUAUUAUUUGCUUUAAAUCUACCUCGUGAUGCUAUUUCUCAAUUCAAGGCACACAUCGAUAGAUUUAAAGCUAGAAUGGGAUUCCAUGACUUGACUUUUGAACAUUAUGCCUGGUUAUCCAAACAGUAUUCUGUUUUUGGUGAUACUUUCGAUGAGGCUGUCAAACUAGGUUUACCAGCUGUACAGACUCAGCACCCAGGAAUCUAUUAUCAACAAGCCGCACAAUUUUGUAUACAGAGAAAAAAAUUGUGUCAGGAACUUUGUUCAAAUGUAAUUGCUUAUCCUGAGCCCGAUCCUCUACAAGGAGCUGAACAUAUGGAAUUUUAUGGACAGAGACCUUGGAGGCCAGGAAAAUUAACUUCUGAACCGCCGGAUCCACAACUAGAGUCGAGUGGGAUACAAGCUUUGCAGUUUUUAGAAAAGCAGAUAAAUCAUUCUAACCUGAUAAUAGCCUUGUAUGGUUUGGCAAUAUCACAGUAUAAAACAUAUAGAUGCCCGAGGACAAGAAGACAUUUAGUUUUACAAAUGGCAGAUGAAUAUUACGAUUCUAAAGAUUAUGGAAAGGCAUUAACAUUGUACACGCACAUGUUAUGGGAUUUUCGGAAUGAGAAAUGGUGGAGUAUAUUGUCUGUAAUAUUAGAAAAAGCUAUAUUAUGUUCGUUCUUAACAGCAAACGUACAAGAUUAUGCCAUAUUAGCCAUAGAAUUACUUGGAAGUAACAUUACAACACCUUUGAAUGAAAAAUGAAGAAUUUAUGAGAAUCUAAUCAGAAUAUUCAAGAAACAAAUACCAUUUGGUGAUCCUAAAUUAUCACAAGACAUAUUACAAAAUGCAAUAAUCUUAUGGCAACCGGUUUUUACAGAAAAAUCUCUCGAUAUAUCUUUAGAUGUUAGUAAAAUGACAAGCUGUUUAUCAGUUAAAGCAAGGUUUUUAAAAAAAUCCUACGAAAUCGAUCAGAUUGUGAAGGCGGAAAUAUUCAUAAGAUCCACAUGCCCGUUUCCUCUACCCAUAUGGAAACUAGCGAUAUCUAUUGGUAAUCAGAAACAAAUGAUGCAGUACUGUGUACAAGAACUGGUGGAUACACCAUAUGUUUUCCACAAAGAUGAAAUUAAAAGGUUUCCCAUAGAUUUAGUAGCGGAUACGUAUGAUGUUAAUUCAGAUAUUCAGAUUUCAUCAGUGGAUAUAUUCCUCGGAAACCCCCCCAAUAGUUCCGUGGAUCUAAAGUUUUCUACAUUGACUAAUACAGAUUCAAACCAUUUCGAAUUGAUCCAUUUCAAAUAUAAUUCAAACAAAAUCGAUUUUGAUAACAUCCGAAUGUUACAUCAAGCAACUAUAGUACCUAGAGAAUCUAAACUCAGAGUAGAUUUUAUUCAUAAUGAACCUGCUUUAUCUGGAGAAUGGUACGAAAUUAAAAUCAAUGUUAAAAAUGAGGAAUUGUAUGGUAUUGAGGAUUUGAAAGUGGAAGUAUGGAUUGAAGAAGAAAUAAAUGAUGUGAAAUUGUCUUUAGAACCUACAGAUAACAAAAGUAAAGUGAACUUGGAGUUGCAAAUUCCCACGAAUUUAGAAGCGAAAGAUACAAUUAGUUCUAUAAAUUUUUUUGUAAAAUCUAGUAUUGUGUGCAAGUGUAACAUACAAGUGAAAUUAACUUAUACGCUUAAAGACGAAAAGAGGAUAAUGAGUAUAAAAUCGGAAAAAAUAACUUUGAAUGUUAUCAAACCGUUCGAAGUGUCUACAAAAUAUUUAUCACUUCUUAUGGCGGAAAUUGAUAAGUUUUAUAUUGGUGAAGAAUUUGCCGUUAUGAAUUAUAUAAAAUUCGUUUCGCCGUGGCCAAUUAUCAUUGAAAAUACAAAAUUUGAAUACGCAUACCCGGUGAGUUCAGCCGAAGAAAAUUACACCAGUCAAAUAGCCGAUAAAAUUUUCAAUAGGGACGAAAUAGGUGCCGAAUUGCAUUUAGCGACGUGCAACAAAAAUACAGAUCAAUUCGUCAACAUUGGACAAUAUAUAAUAAAUUGGAAAAGAGAAAACGGUUAUAGUACUUGUACUUCAUUAGCUGUCAUCGGGUUAUCUUGUGAUUGGUUACCGAUUGGUUUAAGAAUGUAUGCUCCCUCUUACGGAUUUGUUAGAACCCCAAUGGUCUUGGAAUACCACAUAGAAAAUAGAUCCCAGGAACUUAUCCAAUUGGAUUCAUCUAUGGAAGCCAGUGAUCCUUUCAUGUUUUCCGGGUAUAAACAGGUUUCGAUGUCCAUUUCUCCGAUGUCGACGAAAAUAUUGAAGUACAAUUUGAACCCUUUGAUAGCUGGGAAUGUAGUUUUGCCGAAAUUGAGUUUGAAAGUUCCAGAAAUUGGGGAUAACGAAAAAUCGGUUAUAAAACCAGAACAAUUGAAUUCUUUGACAGCUAGAAUGCUACAAACACAUAUUUAUGUAAUGCCACAAGCAAAAGGGGACUCAAAACAAUCCUCUGAAAUGCUUCCGGUCGCUGUUAUAGGAUAAGAUAUAAAAUAAAAUGUUUUUUUUAAUUUAAUCAAAAUAGAAAAUAGUUCAAAGUCGAAGAAACUAAUGUAUCUUCAUCUAUUUUCGUCAAUCAAACAUUGUUCUUAUGAACGAGUCUUCUAAUCCAUAAUCGUUAUAAAUUUGACUUUUAAAUAUUUUCUGGAUGAAUUUUAAUUGAUAUUGUUAUGAAAAUUUUAUAUAUUCAGUUUUAUUAAAAGUAUUUAUGAAUAUA